CCCGUGAUCGGAAUCCUAUCGCAGCCGCUAUCGUCGAACGUUGAAAGUGACGAUUACAUUGCUGCGUCGUACGCGAAAUGGCUUGAAGCCGGCGGCGCACGUAGUAUUCCUAUUCCUUACGACGCCGACGAGCACUUGGUGGAGGAUCUCUUUCAGCAGAUCAAUGGAUUAUUACUACCAGGAGGCGGCAGCGAAAUGCCCCCCGCCGUCACUUUUUUAAUGGACAAGAUUGUCAAAAGUAAUACUGAUGGACUUUACUUUCCAGUCUGGGGAACUUGCUUGGGCUUCGAGUUUCUACUGCAAUAUGCUGGUGGGCCGACAUUUCUCGAGUCAGGCUUCGAUUCCGAAAACGUGAGUUUGCCAUUGUACGAAGUCGAGCCCCGCGAGCUCUAUGCGGAUCCCAUUGUUUAUUUGACGGUUACCCAACGUAACGUGACAAUGAACAAUCAUCAGCUAGGCGUGUCACCCGACCGCUUUCGAGACAAUAAUCUGGCAAGCCAACUGUGGGACAUUACAUCCAUAAACACAGAUUCGAAUGGCCAACCAUUCGUAUCGACUAUUGAGCCACACCAUCCUGAUAUAUUUCCCAUUUAUGGUGUACAGUAUCAUCCCGAAAAGAAUGCCUUUGAGUAUUCCACGUACCCCGGAACGAAUAUUCCGUACGAAGCCAUCGACCACUCAUCCGAAGGUUUGGACUUCUCCAUUCGAAUGGCGCGAUUUUUCGUUGCCAAAGCACGACGGAGCCUCGACUCCAAAGGAAAUUCGCACUUUUAUACCAAGUCUGACGUCUACCCAUCCAUUUAUACUUACCCGGUUCGGACGGGUCUCAAGUUUGAACAAAUUUACGUCAUA